AUGAGAGCUCUAUCAAAACCACUAUCCAGCCCGGGCCGGGCCGAGAAGUUUCCCCCGCCAUUGAUGAGGUUCCUGCGGACCAACCCCGGCAGCCGCAGCCGAGGAAGGUCCCGCUCGAGCCCCAUCUUCCACCUCCGCAGCAGGCGACGCCCCCCCGGCGGCGCAAUUGAGGCCGCCCAGGAGCCGUCAUCCCCGAAGGUCACCUGCAUCGGCCAGGUCCGCGUCCGCCGCAGGAAGACCGGAGCCACCCCCGCCGUCGACCUCCGUCUCCGCCGCCGCCACUGGCUUUCCUGCGGGAAAAUUUCCUGCGCAUUCCCGAGGAAGCUCCUCGGUAGGUUUUUCCGCUCGAUGUUUAGGUCUAAUUGCUGUGGAGAGGGCGAUUUUAGGGUUUAUUCAGAUCGGAAAUUUGGGGGAAAUGAAAAUUGCUCUGUUGCCGGCAAUAGUAACAACAACAACAACAACAACAACGACGGUCAUAACAGGGCAAGGAUUAGCAUUAGCAGCGGCGACGGCGAGACCGAUUUUUACAGGCGCGGCGGCUCGAAGUUCAAAGAAAUUGAGGACGAUGGGUUUCACUUCCAGUCGAGCAAAAGGGAGCUUCUAGAAUCUUCUCCUCCGUCGUCUCGGUCACCUCCGAGAAACGCUCUGCUCCUGACGAGGUGCAGAUCUGCGCCUUACAGGUCAUCGUCGCUGGGCGGCAGAUUUUGGGCGGAAGAGAAAGGGGAAAUUAUCAGUAAGUUGAGUGAAGAAAAUUCCGCCAUUGACGAGCCGAAUGAAGAAAACAGUGAAGAAAUUGGGAAAAGGGUUGAAGAUGAUUUGAAGAAUGGGGGUAAUUGUAAAGAAGUUUCAGGUCCGCCAUUGUUGCUCACAAGGUGCAAAUCAGAGCCAGCAUGGAGAGGAGAAAAGCUUGGUGUUGUUGUUGAUGAUAAAGAUAAUGAUGAUGAUGAUACAGUGAAAAAAGGUUAG